UAUAUACUGAGUACAUGUUUAUUUGCGUGGACGCCAAGCUUGUUUGUGAGUUGAGGGAAAGGGCAAAAGUGAUAUAUCGUAAAUGAUGAGGGGCAAAAUUGUCGAAUCGUGUUGAGUCUCAUAACAGAAUCGCCAUCUGGAAUUCGUUUCUUUCCCGCGCUGAAUUGGUUACAGAGAUGGUUCCAUAUUUGUCAGAGUAACUGCUCGCAACUAUAUCAGUCUUUCUAUUCUCACGUUCACUUCACGCACUCUCUCGUUUCCUCUCUCUACAGCUGAAUAUUCUAAGAAACCGCCAUGGCCACCGCUCUGCAAGUGGAGGAGAUCAUCCUCCUCCUCCUUCUCGUCUUCCGUUUCACCUCUGCAACUACCUUAACCACGGCCACCACGGCCUCCGUCUCUGGCUUGCCUCCGUCGUUUCCGCCGCCGGUAGUGCAGUCUCCUAAUCGCACUGAUGAGGCUUACACGCCUCCUCUGGUCGCCACCGUUCUCUUCACUCUAGGCUUCCACGAGCUGUCUACGGCCGCCGUCAGUGCGAAUAUCUCCGCUACAAGUCCGAUCACUAUAUUUGCUCCUGCGGAUUCAUCGCUUGCUACUUGUCCUACGUGCUCUCUCUCACUGCUCCUACAGGAGCACUCUGUUCCAGGACUGUAUCCGCUCCACUUCCUGCGCAAGUUAGCCUCCGCCACUAAAAUCCCAACGCUAGCCAAAAAUCGCUGCCUCACUGUCACGACCACCGUCGGAGUGGCGCGGGAUCAGGAUCCGGGGAAGGUGUUCGUCAACGGUGCCGAGAUCGUUCAGCCGGACAUCUUCCACAACUCCGUCAUGGUGAUUCACGGCGUCGAAGGCUUUCUCACUCACCUCUCGACGAAGUCGUGCAACAUGGAGGAGAUGACUACUAUGUCGUUCCCGCCUCAACCGCUUGGUUCUACAACAGGAACAAUGAUGAUAUCUAUCAUGCGCCUUAUGCAAAAUGACGCCAUCCUCCGGCUGGAGAGCAUCGGUUACAGAAUCGUCGCAUUGGCGAUGAAAGUGAAGUACGCCGAGAUUUCCAAGCUCAAGACCAUGACUGUGUUCGCUAUUGAUGAUGCCAACCUCCUCGCCGGUAACGGUUUGUUGUAUCUCUCUAAUUUUCAUUUUCAUGUUGUUCCGAACAAGAGGAUCCUUGCACCGGAGCUGGUGAGUUUGCCGGCUAAGACCGUGUUGCCUACCAUGGAUGGUGAGCACAAGCUAGUGGUGACCACUACAGGCGGCGGAGGGGCACUGUCUCCGUUGAGGAUAAACUAUGUCAAGAUCACGUCUCUUAAUCUGCUGCACAACAGCAGGAUCGUCGUCCAUCAAGUGUCUGCGCCAUUCCCCCAUAUGAUUGAUCAGACGGCUCAGGACAGCAUUCUGCAUACUGAUAAAUCACAAUGUGAUUUUAAUUCGACUGAUGGGACGUGCAACAUCGAUCAUGCUGUGAAUGCUCCUUUGUUUCCGGCGGAUUCUGAACGCCAUUAUGGUCUCUGAACUUUACAUACGUUUAGAAUACCUGUGAGUCACUCUAACUUUCUGUGAUUGUACCUUCACGUCCACAGUUAUGAACGGAAAGCUUCCAGGAUUGAUUUGAAUAAUACGCUUUCAAAUAUUCACAAAACUUCAGAGUUCUUUUCUCAGUAUUAGAUUAGUUCCGUGAAAUUCACGUUUCACUGUUUCGGCCAACAUUACCGUGGAUCAAAGAAAUUCUGGCUUUAUUUAGAACUUUGAUGGAAAUAGAAUUCAGUUGCAAA